AUGAUAUUUAAAACAAGUAACCCAUGCACCAUGAGUAAACUUUUCAAAUGUGAGAUCUGGCUCUGUCAUUCUACUGGUAGCGGAUGCUUUGGUGCACCCUCAGCCUACUUCUGGUUUCAGCCACAGCUGUGGUGGACAGUUCCAGGCAUGCUGGCGGGAUUCACCUCCUGUACCACUGUAUGCACAACACUUUUCUGCCUCUGGGUUUCUCCGAAAGCCUUGAACCUUGUCCAAGUGCAAGUUCAGCCCAGAAAGUCUUUAUGUCUAUCCUCUGGAAAUAUUUGGGCUUUCAUCUUAUACCAAGACCAGAAUCUCGUCGACCUGCUGGUGGUUUUUAAAGAGUCCGUGCUUUUAAGCGCUGUUACCUACUGGGCCGGCGUCGGCGGUCAAAGAGGGGGAGAAAAAGCCAUUUGUUCCCUGUUUAAGCUAACUGGUCCAGAGAGCUGUGAAUGUGCUCCACCACCGCUGGGAGAACCGAAAUCGCGGAGGCCUGAAGCGUUUCAAAAUGGAACGGUUAGGGUUUUUAAGCUGCUCAGGAGAGGUGUUCGCGACGUGACAGCUGAUGGUCUCCGGGCUCUGAUGUCCCCCCUCCCGGUUGGCUCACCAUCAUUAAUCGCCUCCUCGUCUCCAGGUUAG